CAAUGGACCAAUAGAAACGCAGGAAACACGUGGAAGAAAACCCACCGGAGAAAUCAAAACCAGUAGAACGUCGACCACCGCAGCCAGAAUUCUGGAUACAACUUAUAUUCAUUACAGAAUGAUUUGUAGAAGAAUAUCAUUCAUCUGCUUCCUAAUCAUCACCAUUCCGAUUGCAGAAUCUUCAGAUGCAUCUCAGGUGAGAUGCAGCAGUAGAUGCGUUGCAGAAAACUGUAACUCGAUCGGAAUACGGUACGGAAAGUAUUGCGGUGUUGGAUGGACUGGAUGUCCAGGUGAAAAGCCCUGUGAUGACCUUGAUGCUUGUUGUCAGAUUCAUGACGAAUGCGUCGAGAAAAAAGGAAUGACUAAUGUUAAAUGUCACGAGAAGUUCAAACGCUGCAUAAAGAAGGUUCAGAAAUCAGGCAAAACCGGAUUUUCCAAUGAUUGCCCUUACGACACCGCAGUGCCUACAAUGCAACAAGGUAUGGACAUGGCCAUCUUAUUUAGCCAGUUUGGCAACUCUAAGCUUGAACUUUAAUCGGCUAGUGUACUCAUUUUUUAUUCUUUAUUUUUGUAAAAGUUACAUCAGAACUUUAGUUUUGCAACAAGAAUUCUGUCAUAUAAUUACACUUUAUUGAUCGUAUACAUCAUUAUAUUGUUUGCA